GAGCCGCCGAACCCCGCUGCCGCUGCCAUGCGGCCCUGGGCGCUGGUGCUGCUGCUGGGCGCUCUGCGGAGCGGCGGAGCCCCGGCGCCGGCCCGCAAUGUGCUGCUGCUGCUGGCCGAUGACGGCGGCUUUGAGAGCGGCGCCUACAACAACUCGGCCAUCCGGACGCCGAACCUGGACGAGCUGGCCCGGCGCAGUUUGAUCUUCCAGAACGCCUUCACCUCCGUGAGCAGCUGCUCCCCGAGCCGGGCCAGCAUCCUGACCGGCCUACCGCAGCACCAGAACGGGAUGUACGGGCUGCACCAGGACGUGCAUCACUUCAACUCCUUCGACGGCGUGCGGAGCCUGCCCCAGCUGCUCAGCCACGCCGGCGUCCGCACAGGGAUAAUUGGGAAGAAGCACGUGGGGCCGGGGGCUGUGUACCCCUUCGACUUCGCCUACACAGAGGAGAACAGCUCGGUGCUGCAGGUUGGGAGAAACAUCACCCGCAUCAAGGAGCUCGUCCGGCGGUUCCUGCAGAGCCAGGACCAGAGGCCUUUCUUCCUCUAUGUUGCCUUCCACGACCCCCACCGCUGCGGGCACUCCCAACCCCAAUACGGGGCCUUUUGUGAGAAGUUUGGCAAUGGAGAGAGCGGGAUGGGCUGGAUCCCUGACUGGAAGCCGCAGAUCUACGACCCGGAGGAAGUGCAGGUCCCUGCCUUUGUCCCGGACACGCCGGCUGCCCGGGCAGACCUGGCUGCCCAGUACACGACCAUCGGCCGCAUGGACCAAGGGAUCGGGCUGGUCCUGCAGGAGCUGCGCCGCGCCGGCUUCCUCAACAGCACCCUGGUGAUCUACACCUCCGACAACGGCAUUCCCUUCCCCGGGGGCAGGACCAACCUGUACCGCUCGGGCACCGCCGAGCCCCUGCUCCUGUCCUCCCCGGAGCACCCGCAGCGCUGGGGGCAGGUCAGCCCCGCCUUCGCCACCCUCCUGGACCUGACGCCGACCAUUCUGGACUGGUUCUCCAUCCCCUACCCCGCCUACAGCAUCUUUGGCACCAGGCAGGUGCGGCUCACUGGAAAGUCUCUCCUGCCAGCCCUGGAGUCGGAGCAGCCCUGGGACACGGCCUUCAGCAGCCAGAGCCACCACGAGGUGACCAUGUACUACCCCAUGCGGGCCAUCCAGCACCGGCAGUUCCGCCUCAUCCACAACCUCAACUACAAGAUGCCCUUCCCCAUCGACCAGGACUUCUACGUCUCGCCCACUUUCCAAGACCUGCUGAACCGCACCAGGGCGGGGCAGCCGACCCGCUGGAACAAGACCGUGCACCAGUACUACUACCGGGAGCGCUGGGAGCUCUUCGACUGCCGCCGUGACCCCACCGAGAGCCAGAACCUGGCCCCUGACCCCCGCUACGCCGACAUCUUCCAGGUGCUCCGCGCGCAGCUGCUGAGGUGGCAGUGGGACACGGGGGACCCCUGGGUGUGCGCCCCCGACGCUGUCCUGGAGGAGAAGCUGAGCCCCCAGUGCUGGCCGCUGCACAACGAGCUGUGAGCGCCGGUGUCGCGGCGGGCGGAGUGCUGCGGCCUUCCUGGAGGAGCGUCCUUACAAGGACACCCCAGAGGCACGGGUGUGCCUGCUGAGGGAUUUCAAGCUCUUUUGUGCAAUCAGCUCUUUGGGGUGAUGCUGAAGGAAGAGAAGGAGCUGGGACAUGGAACUCCACAGGAGCCUUUACUCAACUGCUUCUUCCAAGUCCAGCACCGAAAUGCCGGGGCGCCUGAUGGAACAGGGGUUUAUAUAUGCGAGGCAGGGAGUGGGGUAAACACCUCAGCCAAUCAGGUGGAGGAUUGAGAAAUGAACCAAUCAGGGGAAGGAUCCAAAACAGACCAAUCAGCUGGGGUGAGGAGGCAGUCCAGAAAGAACCAAUGGGGCAUAAGUGAUUAACAUAUCAACCGCAGAGCAUCAUGGGGGAGCAGUUUCCUCUCAGGAGUGCCCUCUGCACCUGCCCGGGUCUGGGUUGCGUUUGUGAACGGUUCAGGUCAACUGCGCUGUGUGCAGGGGACUGUGAUUAUAUCGAUGCUGGUGUGACUGCUCCCUCUCCUGAGGAGCACCUUAUAGUGCGGUAUCACUGCUCUCUCUGCAGGAGACCAAGUUUAUAUUGUAUCUGGCUUUUCUCCA